GGCUAUUGCAGGGAAACAGUUCAAAGUAACUAAUAACGAUUUAAUUAUGAUCAAAACACCGUUCUAUGGAACUGACGUUGGUGAUCGUGUUCAAUUACAGAAGGUCCUACUUUUAGGAUCAUUAGACUUUACUAUUAUCGGUCGACCAAUUUUACCAGUGCAUCAGGUGUAUGUUGAGGCUGUAGUGAUUGAAAAGACUCUUGAACACCCUAAAGUUUGGUACCAGUUCCAUCGUCGUCGUAGACACCACAAACUGCGAGAUACGGCAGCCGGCGCCUGA